AUGGCUUCUGUUCCUCAGUUCUACUCUAAUUAUUCCUUGUCCAAUGAUUAUUCUCAGUUUCAAAAUCCAUUGUUGAUUUCCCAAGAUAACUAUAUUGGUUCUGCCGGUGCAAUUCCUGGUGCAGCCUGGGGAGAUCAAGAGAUUGGUUUUCCAAUGUUUUUAGACAACGGUGGUGGACUUGAUGCUCCGCCGCAAGAACCUAAUAUAACAUCUCCAGUUCCAGCAGCAUUGUUUCCGGAGCUAAUUGGGAUUUCGUCGGACUUGGCUGUCCCCGCAGGAUUUCCUGACAACAACGUCGCGGGGUUCUGUGGCAUUGGAACCAUCCAAAAUUUUGGUGGCCGAUAUCAAUUGCAGGAUGUAUGUGAGUUUGGAGAAGAAUGCAGCGGGUUUGUUCAUCAGGAUUUCAAGCCGGUUGAUCCAACUGUGGGGGAAAAUUGGGGAAUUCAAGGCAGUCGAAUGCAGCCGGCUAUGGAAGACAGCAAUCUUAAGGUUGGCCGGUAUUCAGUAGAAGAAAGGAAAGACAGAAUUCUUAGAUACUUGAAGAAGCGAAAUCAAAGGAACUUUAACAAGACUAUUAAGUAUGCUUGCCGGAAAACCCUAGCUGACAGAAGGGUUAGAGUCCGGGGAAGAUUUGCCAGGAACACUGAACUCUGUGAAGAAGAAAUGGUGAUGAAGAAGGAAGAUGACAAUUCACCCAGUGAGAAAAACUCGUAUUGCUGGGAUUCGGUCCAGAUAAAGCAUGAUGAGGAUGAGUGGCUGCAAGAGGCUAUGGCAAAUCUGAUGUAUUUACCUUAUAUUGCUGGUUGAUGUAAUAUAAUAGAGCUAGCUUGUAUUUCUAAUGGAUUACUAAUGGGAAGUCUAAAAAGAAGGCGGUAUGCCUUUUUUUGUUUUA